UGGAUACAAUUUAGAUUUGCUGCAUUUUAUUGGUUACAAAGCACCUUCGAGUCAACCUGAGAUGAUCAUAUUUUCUUGACGCGUAUUCGAGUGUUGAUUACGUCUUUCCAAUUCUCAAGAUGACCUCUUUAUAAACUCUAUGAGAAAAAUGAAACUUGAAAUAAGAAGGACGUUCGAAAACGCGCUAAAAAUACGGCCCCUGAACCAUGAAUACCGGUCUAAAUUGUCGUGUAAAGAUGGUCUAAUCUCUUCCAAUAUAGCACAGAUAUUUCUUACGGAAUAAAUAAGACAAAAAAAUGGUAGAACAACAAAGAAAACGAGUGGAGGACCACAUGACAAAAAUAGUCGAGGAAAUUGAUAAGUCCAUUUUACGGAAAAUGCAGAGAGAUAUGCACAGAUGCGCUGCUUCCUGUUGUGAAAAUGAAACAUACACCAUACAUAAAGUACAUAACUGUGUGGAGAACUGCAGUACCUCUUUGCACAAGGCGCAACAAUAUGUUCAAGGAGAGUUUGAUCGAGUACAGAAUCGUUUGCAAAGAUGUAUAAUGGAGUGCAAUGAUAAUAUAAAAGACAAGGUGGGUCCAAAUCCUACACAGACAGAAGUGGAUAGAUAUGGUGACGAAUUUGAGAAAUGUGCUACAAAAUGUGUAGAUUCUUAUUGUGAAUUAUUACCAUCCUUAGAAAAGACUAUGAAAAAAGUUUUAAGUAAAAACGAAUUUGCUUAGCUUAGCUUUUUUAAUCAAUUUAUCAGUUGAAUGUUAAUUCUGCACACUGUUCACAUUUUCCAUUAAAUAUACAUGCAAAUGUGCCCAGUGUGAGAAGCAGAUAUUUUGUAAAUGUAUAAAAUGUGUAAAUUCAAUUUACAUAUAUACAAUAUAUACGCCAUGAUAUUGCAUAUAAUAAAAAGAAUGUUAAAAAAACA